AUGCUUAGUCUCGGCGCUGGUUCCAGUUGCGACAUCUGCUUUGAGAUAUUCGGUCAGGACCUCAAAGCCCCCUGCUCAAUAGCGUGCGGACAUGUCUUUUGUAUCGAGUGCAUCGCCCAACUGACCACCCGCCUAUGCCCCCUAUGUCGGAGCGAAUUCGACGAGGAUUCAUGCAUCCGACUCCAUAUCGAUAUGGACAACACCCCAACACCUUCCGACCCGGCUUCCGGGAAAUGCUCCCUUGACGACAUCGCGAAGGCACGCAGGUUCGCAGAAGCCUACGCCAGCAUUACAGACCAAGGAACUACGGAAUCACGUCUACGGCAGGUCAUUUUGGAUGGUAGACAGUUUCUUGCGAGUCAACCGAAACACCUAUUUAGGGACCUCCGGGUUACCCACAGGUUGAUCGCGUACUUGUGCGAAGUCAAAGCUACCCUUCGCACUCAGAAUCACGCAGUAGAGACGCUGAAUGAACAGAUCAAGCAGUUGACGACUGAGAAGGAGGAACUUACGAAUCAACUGGCGGAACUGGAGUCGUUGAGGAAUUAUGAGAAGGAGACGGCUUUGGCAGUGGAAACGAGUCUACGCAGUCAUUGCGACAAUGCGUUCAACAAGGUAAUGACGCAAAAUGCUGAGCUCCUCAGCCAGAGCGCCGCUGCUUCAACCUCCGCCUCCACCUCGCUCACCGAUCCACCUGCGUCCUCCAUAUUCAACAUCCUGCCGCCGGUUGAUGCACAGGCGCUCAAGGGAAUCGCCAUUCAAGAUCCGAAAUCGAGUUUCUUGAUCUCUCCUCUUCCGCAGUUUACAGGUGCUCUGCCCUCCAUCCUCGAUGGUUUCACACCUCUACCAGAACUGACCGAAGAUGCCGAGGAGGAAGACGAGAAGUCUGACGAAGAGGACGAAGUUUCGACCCCAGACAGUGCCCAGCAUCAGCGGAUCUUCCAAGCGGCGCAGGAGACGAAGCCUUCACCUUCUGCACGCACCUCAGCCGACACACUGCCUCCCCUUCGCUCGGAAAUGAGCCUUCCCGAACCCUCUGGAUUAUCGCGGUCUGCUCCAUACCUCGACCAUCGUCGAGCCCGAUCACGCUCCAACCCAAGUCCAAUGGCAAGUUGCAGCCACAGUCCGUCGAGUUCUAACAAUACCCCUCCAAUGUCUUCACCGCAGCACCUAUCGUCGUACCAGCCGUCAUCAAGCCGCUACAGCUCCGGAUCAUCAUCUCGCGAUGCCCGCACUUCAUCUCCCCGCGGGGUACAGGCGCAGGAUAGCGAGGUUCUUCGCACUCGGCUGCACGACAUCCUCCGCGCGACUCCUACGUCAACGUCUUUGCCGACUAUGUCCUCAGGCCACUUCCCUGCCUCGCUCACGAAUCGUGAUCGUGGAGCCGAACCUCCCAGUCCACCCGAUCGCCAACGCUCACGCGAGCGAGAGAGUCGCGGUUCUCCUCCGUCCCGAGCCGGACCUUCUAGCGCAAGUAGGGUUGCGGGACCGUCGUCUUCCACUGAUUCUGUCUCCCAUCUCCUGGCUUCUCAUCCACAGCCGACGCCGCACAAGCCACCUUCGUCAACGUCUCCCAAUCCACUCGUCGGAUUACGUUACACCACAGCCAGCGCUGAGGCGAAGAAGCUGGAAGAGGAACGACGGAAGAAGCUCAAGGAGGAGAGAUACACCCUGGAACAAGAGAGGCUGGCUGCUGAGGCCACCGAGCGCGAGCGCGAUGCCUACCGAUCCAAGGUCCCUUCCACCUCUGCGAGCACCAGCGCCAGCCAGGCGGCUCGAUGGGACGCCACUAGCAACGCCUACUCCACGCCUGUGCCGUCGAGCAAUGCAGGGGCCUCCUUCCCUGGUUCCGCCUCGCUCAAGCGUGGCUCCAGCACGAAUAACGGCACGUAUGGACGAUCAGCAUCUGGCUUCCCCCCUCCACAACCACCUCCGGAGUAUGCAUCGGCCCAGCAGCCACGCUACUCGGGCUCGUCAAAUUCCAAGUCGCGGCCUACGGUGCUACCGUCGAAUCCUACAGGCAUCUAUACGUGA